AUGGCGGUACAAGGUCCUCUUGCAAACAAAAUUGCAAUAAUCACGGGUUCAGGGAAAGAGAAUGGGAUUGGGGCUGCCAUCGCGCUCACCUUAGCUCGUGCUGGAGCCCGUGUCACGAUCAACCAUGUGUCCGACUCAUCUGCAGCAAGGGCUGUGGAAGUUGUCUCUACUAUCGAGGCUGCUGCCGGUAAGGGAAGCGUGAUCUCGAUACAGGCAGACGUUUCCACUGCGGAAGGGACCAAAAAGAUUGUCGAAGGCACUUUGAGUGGAUUCAAGGUCGAUCACAUUGACAUUAUUGUAAACAAUGCUGUCAUAGCAACCUACUCGCCGACGCUCCAAACCCCGCCAGAAGACAUAUUCAGAGUGUUCGGAGUAGUAGUGGUCGGACCAGUCCUUCUUCUGCAAGCUGCAUACCCACAUAUACCUCAUGGGGGUCGUGUCAUCAACAUCGGCACUGUCUCCUCUAAGAUGGGAUUUUAUCAGUUGCCGAUUUAUGCCGCUGCUAAAGCAGCCAUGGAUCAGCUAACCUGGACUCUAUCGCGGGAGGUGACACCAGGGCCAGUGGAUACAGAUUCGGUACCUGCUGUGGAUCCUGGGUCACAAGCUUUGAAGAAGUGGCUUAUUUCUCUCACAAGAGCUGAAGAUAGAGUUGGAACGGUGAAUGACAUCGCCGAUGCGGUUCUACUUCUAGCAGACGAGAAGAGUCGUUGGAUUACAGGCCAGUACAUUUCCGCCAGCGGCGGCAUUGUGUAA